UGUGUUUUUUCACUUCCUGGUCAGAAAUGAUCUUUGGUUUACCAAUUUAGUUCAUUAUGAAAUUUUGGUUGACAUUCAAUGAAAGCAAAAGGUAGCCAUACAUGUGGACUAAUAACAAUGGCAUGUUCUAAAAUGAGCACAGAUGAUAUAGAAAUGUUAUUUGAACGGACACCGGUAGAUGCAUUAAAUGUCGCCUCACGUAGGAUUUUAUCAGACAAAUUAAAGAAUAACGGAAAACUUGUAGAGCUGGGUGACGGAUCCCGGAGACACGUGUGUGAUGAUUAUACAGGUAUCGCCGAGCUGGAGAAUUUUCAUCCGGAAGAAAUUAGGGAUAUCAGUGACAGUCCUGAUCCAGUCGAAUCACUAGUAUCAGAGAUGGCUGGAAAAGAUUGUACAGUUGGACAUCUUAAGAGAGACCUUAUCAAUAUGGGACGAAGAAGUGUUGUAAGGAUGAGUCAUGCAAAUUGGGUAAAUGACUGCGUCGUUUAUGAAGACAAAUUUGAAAAUACAAGAAGUUCAGUGAAUAUAUAUAGCAGGCAUAUUCCAGAUAUUGACAUAGACGAUGAGAUAGAUUUUGAUGAAGUAAAUCUAGGACAUACAAAAGUGUAUGACGCCUUUCUGAGCUUCGCACAAGGAGACUUUCCUAUUGCCAAGAGAAUUAUUCAGAAAGUAGAGAAGAACAAAAAUUUCAGCCUGUUUGUUCCGGGACGUGAUGAUCUACCAGGUGGGGCAAAACAUGUGCUCUCUGCAUACGUUAUUGAGAAAAGAUGUAGACGUGUUAUUAUAGUAUUGACUCGAGAAUUUCGUUCCAGUCCAGAAUGUGAUUUCCAGGUCAGAUUUGCGAAUGCUCUUGAUCCAGGGGCUAUACAGAUGAAAAUAAUUCCUGUUAUUUGUGAGAGAAAUGUUGAAGUUCCCAGGUUCCUAAACUUUAUAAAGUCCUGUGAUAUCACCAAAAAUGAAUGGCAAAGCCUUUACAAAGCCCUGUCUCAUAGAAAUACACAGUGUUUGGAGCGUAUCACUUAUCCGUGCCCAGCAAAACUAACUGUGGAAACAAAAUGCUGCAGGGAACUUGGUGAUUCAUUUGAAGAUCGACGUCAACCUGAAGGACAGUCGUCUGCUACAAAUGUUGAUCAAUCUUAUGAAAUCUUCGUGUAAAUAAACAGUCAUCUAUUCAACAGGACUUUUAUUUUCAACUUAUGUGGAAAAUAGAAAAGUUAUUUAUCAAAUGUUGGUUAAAAUUUACUACCAUUUUAAAAGUAUUUAACAUUUUAGUAAGAUGGAUUAAUAAAUUAAUAUAUUUUUCGUUUACGCAAAAGAAUUAUGAGAGCUAUUUUCAUGACUUUUAUUGUAAUUUGAUGCCGUGUAGGCUAAUGAAUUUUUUUUUAUUUUUUUAUUUAUUUUUUUUACUAAAACUAACAUCCAGUCAUUUGAAUUGUAACAUGUGACCGUUGAAUAUAUUUCAAUACUAGAAACAGUAGGAUGGACAAUAAAUUCCACAAUUCGGGGUCCGUACUCUCAGUGCCUGGACCCUCAUUAAGCCUAGAAUACAUACAUACAUAAAUACAUACAAAUUCCACAAUCUACAUCACAUUGUCAUAAGCGGAGCAUGGGUGACAAUUAAUAUAAUAGUUGGUAUUGACUAAUGAAAUAUGAUUUAUUUAACUUUUUUUAAUAUAAAACAAACCAAUUUUUCCUUUAAAUGACUUAAUGGUUUUAUACUGUAACGUGCACGCACAGCAGUUAAGUUAGAUUAUAAUAAAAUGUUGUUGUUGCUUUUUUUUUUUUUUUUUUUUUU